AGAUGCGGCUCUGCGUCCAGCCCAGUAGCACACGUCUAACCUACCGGCCCGGAGGCGCAACCUGCUCGCACUCACCUAGCCGGCGGCCGCGGGCGAGUGAUGACGACGCCACGACGGCGCGCUGACCCAUCGCCCCCGCCUGCUCGCCGCCUCCUCCACCGCCUCGGCUCCGCGGCCUCCGGUCUGCAGACGCUGGCGUACAGCUCGAAGAAGGAAGGCGGCGGCGGCGACAUGGGCCCACGCAACGGCGGUUCCUCUUCUAAUAGAAGACCAGGAUUUGUUGAUUCUUCUUCAUGGAGAUAUUUUGACUCGAGGGUUGUUGGUAUUACUAGAGGGGAUAUACCUCGCCAUGCCUGGACUGUCCUACACAUGCUAAAACGAAAAGGGUUUGCAGCUUAUCUUGUUGGGGGAUGCGUGAGAGAUUUGCUACUGAAAAGGGCACCUAAAGAUUUUGAUGUGAUUACUACCGCAAGCCUCCAGCAGAUUAAGAAAAUGGUUUUCCAACGAUGUAUAAUUAUUGGCAAACGCUUUCCAAUAUGCCAGGUUAAUAUGUAUGGCACAAAAAUUGAGGUUUCUAGCUUUAGCACGAAUGCAAAUCAUGUGAAAGGAAGUAAAAAUAUAGGAUGUUCAGAGGAGUUUAAACGUUAUGAUGAGGGGGAUAUUCUUCUCUGGCAGAAUUCUAUGAAAAGAGACUUUACAAUAAACAGCUUAUUCUUUAAUCCAUUUAACUUUAAGAUUUAUGAUUAUGUGAAUGGAGUAAGGGAUAUUAGCAAAAACAAGGUGUCUACAGUGAUUCCUGCCCGUGUUUCAUUCAAGGAAGACCCUGCCAGGAUUUUGCGUGGCUUGAGAAUUGCUGCUCGCCUUGGUUUUGAGUUCUCCAGUGAAACUUCUGCUGCAAUACGGGAACUUUCUUUGUCCAUAACAGAUAUUGACAAGGCAAGAUUAAUGAUGGAAUUGAAUUAUUUAUUGUCUUAUGGGGCAGCAGCUUCUUCUCUUAGGUUACUUAGAAAAUAUGGACUUCUCGAUUUUUUGCUGCCUUUCCAGGCAGCAUAUAUGUCGGAUCAGAUGAAGGAUAAAUCAAAUGACACAGAUUUAAUGCUCAUGAAACUACUGGCUAAUCUUGAUAAAUUACUCUCUGCUGAUCAGCCAUGCCCCUCCUGUUUGUGGUUAGCACUGUUGACAUUUCACAGUGCAUUGGUAAAUUCUCCACAUGAUGCCCAGGUAAUCAGGGCUUUUGCUGCACUAAUGUAUUUUGGAUCAUGGGAGGGCGCAGUCAACUUCUUGAAUCAAGACAUUGGAGCACCAGCCCCGUUUAUUCCAGAAACACUAGGGCCUUCUCGGAGCAAACUGGAGAAUCUCAUGGAACAAACAUCACAUUUAGCAUCACUAGUCAAGUCGUCAGUUGAUACGUUGACAUCUAUAGAUGCUCUCCAACAAUCACUGGCCAAAUACUCAAAGGCUUCACAAGUUUCAGGACUGGUGCUUGUAUCUAGCAGAGAGAGGGAGAGAGUGUUGAGAAUAUUUGAGGGCCUUGAUACUGACUUAACUUCAUAUGAAGGGACAAGAGGGAUGCAGGAAAUUGAUUAUAAGUUACUGAAGGAUGGGCACCCUGGUGAGGUCCGGUUUGUUCUUGGGCAAGUAAUCAUGGACACUAUGAGCGAGGAGUUACCACGUGUAUCCACUGAGUAUGAUCAGCUCAAUAUGGAGGCUAGUGAAGAUGAUCUUGCUGACGGAAGCCGUCCUUCACUGUCCACAUUAUUUUCCAGUAAAUCGUGAUGGCUAAGCCGUAGUCACUCAACAAAAAUUAGCCAGGAUCUCUCCAUUCCAUGAUUCCAUAAUCAACGCGCUCAGCGCAUCGAAGUGCUUGGGCGUGCAGGAUGGUCAGUUGGCCACCAUACAAUGCAGGCGAACUUUUACCGCAGCUAAACUCACGUGGAUGCUGGAGAAUGAUGUUAUUGCCCAAGUGCCUGCCUUGACGUCUUUUUGUAGUAGAACUGAGUCUAGUGCGUAGAUAGUACUACCAGAUAAUUGUAACCUUAUAUUAUUCACUUUGGCUUGUUAGUCUCCGCGUACUGUACCAAUGUUGAGUCGUACUGCCCCUUGAACUUUUGAGCUUAGGUGAACUGAAAGUUUGAAACUGUCGCCAUGGUUACUUGGGUUGAAAAUACUUCAUCAGUAAUUUGAUUACAUGUAACAUAGCGAACUGCCAUGGGAUUUGAUAACCAUGAGAUAUUUACUGGAUUUCUGAUUUGCAAUGAGUUAUAUAUACCCUUUCAUCCAA